CGUUGAUGCUGUCUCGCUCCGGACUGCCUUGCCGCUCUCAAAAAUGGCCUCGUCUUCUUCCUGGCCUUUCAGCCGGGCACGGACGAUCUCGACGCUGACCACGGUGCAACAUGGGUCCGCCAUCGCAUUUGGCUCUUUUCUCAUUGUCCAUCUCGCCGCGCCUGCCGUUGCUGUCGUUGCACCCUCCGGCGAGGCGGUCGAGUUGGCCACAAAGACGAUGAUCCUCGGUAGAGUGUUCUACCAGAAUGCUGUGACGGAGCUAACGAUUGUUUGGGGAGCGCUGGGCCUGCACCUCGCCUCGUCCUUUGCAAAGCGGGUCAUGCUCGCUUUACCGCUUCACAAGAGGAGGCCAUCAUCGUCCAAAGGCGACGAAACAAUACAGGGCUAUUCGAUUCCGGAGCAUGGUCCCACAGAUGCAUCAGCACACCCUCCACCACCUCAGAAGCGCCGACGAAAACCUCUCUCGUUCCCUUCGAUCCACACGCUCACUGGCUUCAUCCUCGCCCCAGCCGUGGCGCUACACGCGGCUUUGAACCGGCUGGUGCCCUCGCGCUCCUCUGCACCCAUCUCGGACCUUUCCCCUUCUGAGCUCGACUACUCCUAUGUUGUGCACGGCUUCCAACACGACUCCAAUGCCUCAUGGCGCGCCAUCACGUACGGUCUCUACGCCGCACUCUUGGCUGCUGGCGCCCUCCACGUCGCUGGCGGGUCCGACAAGAUCGCGAAACGUCUGCAAAGCAGACGAGGAAGGCGGGUCGGCAACAGUGGCAACAGUCACAGCAGCGGCAGUAGCAGUACUAUCGAAGUCGGAGACUCAAAGUCGAGUCCGAGGGCAGCAGCAAAAAGCAUCGAUGUGGCCCGCAAGGCCCAAAGGAAGAAGACCGCUACGGGUGCUGUUGCUUUGUUGGGUGCUGGAUGGCUUGGGUGGGGCAUCCGAAGAAUGAACCGAGAGAGCGAGGGCUUGAUCAGCUCUUGGUCUGCAAAGCGGUUUGACGCUUGCUAUGCCGCCAUCUGGCCUUACAGUGCGACACGGUAGCCCUGUCUUGGGCGAUGGGAGUAGACGAUAGUAACAUUGUGGGUUAGUGUGAUAGGGUACAUGUACAUUGAUCCUCCAAAUUUUUGUUUGCCGUAUUACUCCUUGCCAAUGGCAGUCAUCUGACAACACCCGUUCUUGCUUAGCUCUCUUUCUCUCGAACGAUCCGCGUCCUCUUGAGAUAGCCCUCGUAUCACAGCCCGCUUUCCCUGGCCAUCAUGUACCACUCAUCCUCUACGAAGACCUUUUCGGGAUCGCCGAUGUGUCCCUUGCCCCUAUGACAUGCCUGCGCGUGCUUCCACCAGUAAAUUUCGGGCACGUUGACCGGUGUGCACUUCCUCGAUUCGACGUCAAUCCAUUUGCCACACCCGUGGCACUUUCCCUGCAGCAUCUCCUGGC